AACAGAAAUGCACUUCGGAUGAUAUCUUUCAGCACGCUACAUAUGUACAGAUAAAAUGACCACCCCAAAAGAUGAAAUGUCUUUGGGAAAUGUCAUUUUUCAACUUGUAUUUGGCCUAUUGUUAAUUUUUAAUGCGGAAUGCGGAUGUAACUUCGGUGUAAAUCCAACCCAUUACAAGGACAUUAUAGAGAGCUGCACAAGUUGUCAGUACAUUAUACCAGCAUACAAGUCGAGUUGCUGUGGGAGUCUACAACGUGUGGACUUUUGGAGCAGCAAUUACGGACUCAUCGACUUCCAAGUGUGGAGAAAAACGUCCCCUAACGUCUAUCAGUUGAUGCAUAGUUAUAAUUACUAUGUCCCACAAGCAAAUAAAUUGCUCUCAAUUUCUACCGGUGAUGAUAUCUUAAUACAGACGAAUGACAGAGUCGGUUGGUUCACGAACGGCGAUAACAUUAUUCCUUACUCAGUCGCCGCACCAGACGAAAACAUACAGUUAACCAGCGUCCCAUCAUUUUCUGUGGGAGAUUCCUAUACUUUGAAUACACCAUAUGUUAAAAACAGAAAUUAUGGGAUCAGGUACUUCGUCGAAAAUUGCAUCAUAAGUACUGGUGGCUCUCUAAGUACCGGGACAUUUACGAUCACAGUACGGGUGACAGACCCGUGUGGUAGGGACAGUAAGGAGGCUCUAACGAUACAGGUCCUUAACAUGCCCCCUGAGAUCCUCAACCUUCCUUCCUCUGUGGAGAUCUCGGAAUCCUCAGAACACGAAUCCCUCCUCUAUAACCUGACAUUACAAGACCAGUCAGGAAACGAUACGAUCUGGUGUUCCCUCAACUACACGUCUCCAGCCGGUGCACCUUUUGUCGUGAAAUACAUAACUGGAACCUCUGAUUUUGGUGUCUAUAAUCUUGCCUCCCCAAAUUUUGACUACGACAACACCUCUGUUUAUCAGGUGGUAGUACAGUGUACAGAUUCCAAAGACUCCACCUCAGAAUCACUGUAUGUGUACCUGACUAAAAAUGCAGAACCCGUGGUUCAUAAUUUACCAAAUGUCAUCACUAUCCCCAGCACCACGGCCGUGGGGACCAUUGUGUUCACAGUUAACAGUACAGACGCGGAGAACGACCAGCUGGGAUACUCCCUGAACUACUGCACGGCUUGUCCCUUCACCAUCAGUCUCUCUGGACACAUAUUCCUUCAGACAAGCAUCAAAGACGCAGCUAAAUUUUCCUACAAUUUGUACAUUGUUGUAUCUGACAAGUUUGGAUCGGUUGUAGACAGAUUGCUGACUAUAUUGGUCACAGGUGUCAACAGUGUGCCUAUUGUCAGUAACCUGGACCAGACGAUUAUUGUACCGGAAACCGUAUCCAUAGGAACCGUGAUUUUUACCGCCUUUGUGUUGGAUGCAGACGGCGAUCCUCUUAGUUACAUAUAUGAAUACAAUCCAGUGGAAACGGCUUCGAAAUUCGCCAUGGAUGAAGCUACUGGUAGAAUAUCGGUAAUUGAGUCCCUUGACUUUGACGCCGGGGUUUCUUUCUACAAUUUUUCAUUUACUGUCAACGAUGGAAAAUCGGCAGCUCCUAAGGCUACCUUAACAAUAAACAUCCAAUCCAAGAACGAACCACCGGUGUUUGCGCUACAAGUGUACCACGUGACUCGUAGGGAGGGAAAUGCGAACAGCGCUUUUCCAGCGCCAGGAUUUGCAGUCAGUGAUCCAGACUCGGGAGACACGUGGACCUACAGUAUAGUCAGUGGUGACGAUCACGGUCGUUUCUGGAUGGACCCCAGCUCUGGGGAUUUACGGUUUAUGACGCAAUACAUCGUAGACAAACCUGAAUUAAUGCCACCUUCUGUAACUCUUAUAACUGCUGCAAUCGAUCAGUCGGGAGCAAGUGGAACAACGACAUUGUCAGUGACAAUCACGGACGACAACAACCAGACACCGUAUUUCCCAAGCGGCCAGUAUCACGUCAGCGUGAUAUAUGACGUUCCCGUGCUGUCUUCUGUUGCUUACAUCACUGCCUUAGACAACGACUAUGGACCCAUUUACAAUCAGAUCAGCUACUCCGUCAAACCAGAACUGGAUUACCAGUAUUUUGAUAUCAAUGGUAACGCACUGCUUACCACUGCCAAAUCACUGAAGCAGUUCGAAAACAGCACCAAGUUAUAUGCCGUCAUCAAAGCCACAGACAAGGGCAACAGGGAAUCAUCCGUGACCGUCACGGUCAACGUUCAGCAAGGAUCGAGCAGUCCUUUUUUCGAUGACCCAAACACGGUGGCGUGGUUCGCCGCAGUUUUGGUAAUCUUGGCCAUUUUGCUGGGGUUGGCUGCCAUUUGUCUUUAUCGCUUCUGUAAAUACGGCUAUGUCGUCUCCAAGAAACCGUGGUGCAGCAAUUGUGGAAAGAAACAAGUCCAUUCUCAUAAAGGCGAAAAUUAUGAAAAAAGUGAAGAUAGAAGAGAGUCUCGUAUAAGUAUCGUGGAGUAUUCCGAUGACUACGGCGGAAGUGACGCAUGGAUGCCCUCAAAGUUUAACAGCUGGAACCAAAGGUAA